UUUCUUUCUUUAUUAUUAUUAUUAGCUAGUCUUAAAGAAAAAGAAGAGAGUGUAACGUUUUUUGUUGCAAAGAAAGAUGUUUUCGGGUGUAACAGGUUUGAUAAACAGGGGGCAUAAGGUGAAGGGGACAGUGGUGUUGAUGCAAAAGAAUGUGUUGGACGUAAACGCCCUUACUUCUGCCAAGAGUGUAGGUGGUAUCGCGGGCGGUGCACUCGGUGUUGUAGGGGGUGUCAUUGGUACCGCAGUGGACACACUCACUUCCUUUUUGGGCCGAUCCGUGGCUCUCAGGUUGAUCAGUGCCACUAGUUCUGAUGGAAGUGGAAAAGGGAAAGUUGGAAAGCAAACAUUUUUGGAAGGUAUUGUUACCUCCCUUCCAACCUUGGGAGCAGGCCAAUCUGCAUUCAAUGUUCAUUUUGAAUGGGACACUGACAUGGGAAUACCUGGAGCGUUUUACAUUGAGAAUUUUAUGCAAGUUGAAUUCUUCCUUGUGAGUUUGACUCUUGAAGACAUUCCUAACCAUGGAUCCAUCCACUUCCUUUGCAACUCAUGGGUUUACAAUUCCAAAAAAUACAAAAGUGACCGCAUUUUCUUUGCAAACAAGACAUACCUUCCAAGUGAAACACCGGGUCCACUAGUGAAGUAUAGAGAAGAAGAAUUGAAGACUUUGAGAGGAGAUGGAACAGGAGAGCGCCAAGAACAUGAAAGGAUCUAUGACUAUGAUGUCUACAAUGAUUUAGGUGAUCCUGACUCCAAUGCCAGAUUGGCUCGUCCAGUUCUUGGAGGAUCCACCACCUUGCCUUACCCUCGUAGGGGAAGAACUGGUAGAAAAAAAUCUAAGAAAGAUCCUAAAAGUGAGAGUCGCAGUGACUUUGUUUACCUUCCAAGAGAUGAAUCAUUUGGUCACCUGAAGUCAUCGGAUUUUCUUGUUUAUAUACUUAAGUCUGCAUCUCAAAAUGUCAUACCCAAAUUACAAUCUGCACUUAGGCUACAGUUCAAUCAGCCUGAGUUUAAUAGCUUCGAUGACGUGCGAGGACUCUAUGAUGGUGGAAUUAAGUUACCUACUGAUACACUUAGCCAGCUUAGCCCUAUACCAUUGUUCAAAGAACUCUUCAGAACUGAUGGCGAACAGGCCCUUAAGUUUCCAACACCUAAAGUGGUUCAAGUGGAGCAGUCUGCAUGGAUGACUGAUGAAGAAUUCACAAGAGAAAUGAUUGCUGGUGUGAAUCCACACAUUAUUAAAAGACUUCAGGAGUUCCCACCAAAGAGCAAGCUAGAUAGCCAGCUCUACGGUGAUAAUACCAGUACAAUAGCCAAACAACACUUGGAGCCAAACUUAGGUGGACUCACUGUAGAACAGGCUAUCCAACACAACAGAUUGUUCAUACUAGAUCACCAUGAUACAAUCUUUCCUUAUUUGAGGAAAAUUAAUGCAACCGACACCAAGGCCUAUGCUACUAGGACCAUCAUUUUCUUGCAAGAUAAUGGAACUUUAAAGCCACUAGCCAUUGAGCUAAGUAAGCCACAUCCUCGGGGUGAUAAUUAUGGUCCUGUUAGUAAUGUUUACCUUCCGGCAAACCAAGGUGUUGAAGCUUCUAUUUGGCUACUUGCCAAGGCUUAUGCAGUCGUAAAUGACUCUUGCUUUCACCAACUUGUCAGCCAUUGGUUAAACACCCACGCAGUUGUUGAGCCAUUCAUCAUAGCAACAAACAGACAUCUUAGUGUGGUUCAUCCUAUUCACAAGCUUCUGCUUCCACACUAUCGUGACACUAUGAACAUAAAUUCACUGGCGCGAAAUGUCCUGGUGAAUGCAGAGGGUAUUAUAGAAUCAACAUUCUUGUGGGGAGGAUAUUCUUUGGAAAUGUCUGCUGUUGUAUACAAGGAUUGGGUUUUCACUGAGCAAGCACUACCUGCUGAUCUUGUUAAGAGAGGUGUGGCUGUUAAGGAUUCAUCUUCUCCACAUGGCCUUCGUCUUUUGAUAGAGGACUAUCCUUAUGCUGCUGAUGGAUUAGAGAUAUGGGCUACUAUCAAGUCAUGGGUCCAAGAAUAUGUCUCUUUCUACUACAAGUCAGAUGCUGCUAUUGCACAAGAUGCUGAACUCCAAGCCUUUUGGAAAGAACUUGUAGAGGUUGGUCAUGGUGACAAGAAAAAUGAGCCAUGGUGGGGGAAGAUGAAAACUCGCCAAGAGUUGAUUGAUUCUUGCACCAUCCUCAUAUGGACUGCUUCAGCCCUUCAUGCAGCUGUUAAUUUUGGACAGUAUCCAUAUGGAGGUUACAUCCUUAACCGACCAACUCUUAGCAGGCGAUUCAUGCCUGAGAAAGGGUCUCCUGAGUAUGAUGAGCUUGCUAAGAACCCUCAAAAGGCGUAUUUGAAAACAAUUACAGGGAAGAAUGAGACCCUUACUGACCUUACAAUCAUAGAGGUCUUGUCAAGGCAUGCUUCUGAUGAGUUAUACCUUGGACAGAGAGAUGGUGGUAAUGGUUGGACUUCUGAUGCACAGAUAAUACAAGCCUUCAAGAGAUUUGGAAAUAAGUUGGCUGAAAUUGAGCAAAAGCUCAUCCAAAGGAACAAUGAUGAGACCCUGAGGAAUCGAUAUGGCCCUGUGAAGAUGCCUUACACACUGCUUUAUCCUUCUAGUGAGGAAGGGUUGACUUUCAGAGGCAUUCCUAAUAGUAUCUCUAUCUAAAGAGGUGGCAUGGUUGUGUUGAAUCUUAAAUAAAGGAUUAGAAGGGAUUCAUUUCCUUCAUUCCCCCUAUGUAUGGUUAUUGUGUAUGUUUGGAUGUUGUGACGUUUUGCAUUAAUAAAAACUGCUAUGUCACUACUUUGUACCAUGCUAGAUUUGAAAUAUGAAGUACUUAUUUCAUGCUUCAAAA